GAACCAUAGUGAAGUUAUUAUCAUUCAGUCAAUAAAUUAGGUUUCUUUAGCUGACCUGCUGCCCUCUACACAACGGUGUUGACUACCUAAAUGCCCGUUUUAACCCUUGGCAGGAGACUCUUAUGUAUAAUAACAAAGAAGAAUCUAUCUCCAACCAAAACUGACCAACCAUUGCUGCAAGCAAGAAGCUUUUCCCGAAAUUUGGGACAUUUUACAUGUUGAGGAGGAAGAAGUAUGAAGAUAUACGUGAAGAUUGGGAAAGGGAAUAUGGCCCUCAUAGGUUUUCCUAUAAGGAUCUCUUCAAAGCUACCAGAGGUUUCAUAGAUGAAGACCUUCUUGGAGCAGGAGGUUUUGGAAAGGUUUAUAGAGGAGUACUUCCCUCUUCGAAGGAACAAGUUGCAGUCAAGAAAGUCUCCCAUGAUUCAAAACAAGGGAUGAAGGAGUUUGUGGCUGAAAUUGCUAGCAUUGGAAGGCUAAGGCACAGGAACUUGGUGCAGCUCCUUGGCUAUAGCCGGCGAAAGGGAGAGCUGCUCUUGGUCUAUGAUUAUAUGCCGAAUGGAAGCCUUGACAAGUUCUUAUUCAGCAAUGAAAAGCCAAUCCUCGUCUGGGAACAACGUUAUCGUAUCAUCAGAGGAGUAGCAUCUGCCCUUCUGUAUCUGCACGAAGAAUGGGAACAAGUUGUUCUUCACAGAGACGUGAAGGCUAGUAAUGUUCUAUUGGAUGCUGAUCUAAAUGGAAGGCUUGGGGAUUUCGGUCUUGCUAGAUUAUACGAUCGUGGAGCAAACCCCGAAACUACCCAUGUGGUUGGGACAAUUGGGUACCUUGCACCAGAGCUCACUAGAACCGGAAAGGCAACCACAAGCACUGAUGUGUUUGCUUUCGGUGCAUUCAUACUUGAAGUAGCUUGUGGAAGGAGGCCCAUACAGCCACAACGGUCGCCUAAAGAGGUGAUUUUGGUUGAUUGGGUUUUUGAGAAAUGGAAAGAGGGAGCGAUUCUUGAGACAAGUGAUUCUAGAUUGGGAGGAGAUUAUUUGGAGGAGGAAAUGGAGUUGGUUUUGAAACUAGGCCUGCUUUGCUCAAAGUCCGAUGCAGCGACAAGACCCAGCAUGCGGCAAGUGAUUCAAUACCUUGAGGGAGAUGUCCUGUUGCCGGAGAUAAUUCUUGACAGCACAAGUAUUGGUACAAUAGGUCUUGGUAAUGAAGCAUCAUCUGAAUUUGUCAUGUCAUUUCCAUCAUCCAUUGUGAAGUCUUCUGUACCCUCCAUAUCUAGCACAGAGUCAAUACUCACUAGCGGUCGGUAAAUGUGAAAGUUUCCAGUGCCAUGGAUAAUGUUAGAUCAUGGUAAAUUUUUUAUUUUAUUUUUGUGUGGAGGAAAGGCAAGAAAUGUUGGUUUGUUAGUGGGAGUUAGAAGAGUUAAACCUUAAGACUAGAUGAAUUUGGAACAAGCAUGCAACCACUAGGGGGCUAGCUCGCAAGUUCAAUAGUUUGAAUGUGUGAAACUUAAAAAGAAGGAUAACUGCUAUUGGGUGAAGGAGACAUAAGUACUUCAAAUUCUGGUUAGGAAGAUAGUGGGUUGAAUAUUAUAGAUAUUGGUAUAUACAGAAGCAUAUAUAUGUUAAAUUCUACAGCUUCUGUAGCAAAUUUCUUUGAAUUUCAUGUACAGUAUCAUUAGCUAAUAUCAUCUUUUGAUA